GACCGGCCCACCAAGCCACUGAUGCUCGUCUUCCCCACGACGGUGCUGCCCCCGCCCCCGCAGCUGCAGCUGGCCUCCAAGGCGCCGCCUUCGGUGGUGGCAGCCACACCCAUCCUGGGACCCUACGAGCCGCCCCCGGACCCUCGCCGGGUCUCCACUGUUGGCGUCCUGGACAGGUACCGCCUCUCCAGUGAGGCUGUCAAAGACCGUGGCGGUGCGGACUUCUUGCUUCUAGACAGCGACGACGACCGCCCGGCGGCCGACUUUGGUGGAGCCCAGCUGUCGGAGAAUCUCAUCAACCGGUCCACGGAGCGCCUGUGGGUGAAGGACGUAGAUGCCGGUGACCCGUUCCGCAAGAGGGACACUGACCGGCAGCAGCCUGACGGUCAGCAGCUGGAGGGUCAUCAGCUGGAGCGUCAGCAGAGGGACGAGACCGCCACGACAAUCCGUCCCGACAAGGUCGUCACCGUCCGGCCCAUCAACGACCUGCCGACCUUCACCGUACGGCACGACUUCUCCCCCAGUGGCUUUUCCCAGUCGGGUGACGAGGGCGACGACCUAGGCAGUCCAGAUUACGGUGAUGCUCCUCCUCCCCAGCAGCCCAAGAAGGACUACCUGUCCAGCUUCAGAUCCGGGAAGGCCAUCUUCAGGGGCGGCAGACCCGACCCGCCGCGCCUCAGCAAGCUGCGCGAGACGGUCACCUACACUGGAUUUGCUGACUUCACCACCACCAUUGGUGACACUGUUGUUGUCUUCACACCCAGCACUGCCAAGAAGCAGCCACCAGCACAGCCGACACGGGCAGUGACCAGUGCUGCAGGCGACGCUACAGUUUUCCAACCGGGCGUCGUCACAAAAGUAAAAACGUUCUUGUCGCAUACACCCGGAAUGGUAACUCGCACUGUUACUGGCCACUCCAUCACGACACACACGACACUGCCCACUAUGGUGGUGCUGCCGGAGACGUUUGCCAGUAGGCGUCAGAAAGCGCAGCAUCAAGACGUCGCAUCGUCAGUGUAUGUAGUCGAAGCUGCCCCACCAGAACCGCCAACCACACCGCCACCUCCGACCACAAACCCUCCACCUACAGUGCCCAAGGAAACUGACCCGCCACCGAGGGAAACGACACCCCCGCCGCCAACUCAGGAAACGACACCAGAUGAGGGUGCCAAAUUGGAGGUGCUUUCCCGUGAACAGGACAUAUUUGACUCUCCACCGACCUCCACGUACCUGGAUGAUGACGUAGCCGUGCAAGUGCCAGUAACGAGUGUCGUGAUCGACUAUGAAGACUAUGACCAGUCGUCUUCUGCUGCACCAGAAGUGAUACAGCCAUCUUUGACAGAGGUCCAGGUGGCGACAGUAACGUCUGUUGUUGAUGGGGCCAUCGAACCGUCAUCCGUGCUAGAUGAUGGAACUGACGACUUGAUAGAACCGUCACCUGUCGUCGUCGAAACACCAGAACUCCAGCUGCAUGCAACGGAAGUGAUCACAGAAGCACCAAUACCAGGAAGCAACGAGGAGGAACAGGAAGGAGAACAAGAAGUGCACUCUACAGUAGAAUUAGAGGUGACUUCUACAGCACCACUAACAUCUUAUCGCACGGCGAUGACCCAGUUAUUUGAUCACGGUGAUGAGGAAUACCCACUCGGUCUAAUAAAAGCUAUUGCAGGCACUGAGGUCAUCAAUGACACAACUACCCUCUUCACUUCUCUGAUUCACGGCAGCUCCGUCGACGGUCACUAUGCACAAAUUAUCUAUUCGGCCUCGAGUAUAUUUUAUUAUGAAGGAGACACAAAAGUUAUCGUGCCAACGGAGAGUGCAAUAGCACCGACGUCCACAGUUGACCUGGAGACUACUCACACAGCAGCCUCCCAGCCACCAUCUUCGGAGGGAUCUCAGGAACAGGAGGGUGAGGAAGAGGUCACUACAUCGCCUGCGACAAUCCCUGCAGAGCAGCCAGGCCUCACUACUGACACAGACGGUGUGACAACUGUCGAAGAUGGCGACGGCACACUCAGUACCCUACCACAAGAAUCCACCACUUUGCCAGAGGGAGACUUGUCGAAUGAGGUGGAGACUGGUCGUAAGACAAGUGGCAGUGUUGAGGACCAAAAUAUUGUUGAAGGCAGUGCUGCAAAGGAAACUCCUGGAACUACUGUCGCACAAGUGACCACACCGAAAACAGACGUCGAACCAUCACCGACAGAACCAAGUCCCGCUAAGGAUGCCGGUGUCGGACAAGAGGAAGGAACACCUGCCAGUCAGCUGCAGGAUGGAGUGACACCCACACUGAUUACACAGAUUGUUGCUAGUACAAUCUAUGAGACAUUCACGCAUCUGACUGCCUUCUUCAUUCCUGUCGACGGUGGCACUUCGACAUCGAUCAAAACAAGAGAAGUGGUGACAUCACAGGUCAUACUAGCCACGCAAGUGGUGCCAGUCGCUGUAGCAAAUAUUCAAUCCACUGCCCUUCCAGAAGCUCCUGCUGCCGUCACCACUCCACCAGAGACAGUACACCAGCAACCGACUCCACCGCCACCUCAAGUCUCGGUAACACCCGAAAUCACAGAUGGAAGCGACAAAGAGCAGGAAACCCAUGCUGCGACUGAACCGUCAACUGCUGCAACGCCAGAAAAUCCGCCAGCCGUCGUCCUACAACCGACCACAGUUGCUUCGCCACCGGCAGGCGAAGACGAAGGAGAGGAGGAGGGUGAACUGGAGCUGCUUGUCAAGUCUGUGUUUACUACCUACACAUACCUAACGACCUAUUUCCAGGAUAGCACGACCACCGUUGCGAGCAACAUUGAAGUGGUGACUAAUGUGGUGACGGAAACGGUGGACAAGGACUACUUCCGCCGUGUGACAGAUCCUGCUGUUGCUGGGCUUUUAGCACGUACCGAUAACAUUGUAGAGCCGACGCCAGAGGUGGCACCCACCAGCGUCGGCAUCGGACGUCCGACCACCAAGUUCUUCCCAGAUGAGGAACUCUUCUCAGCUGUUGUGGACUCGGUAGAUAUCGAGCGCGAGAUGGCCACAGAAGCAACGCCUGCCCUGGACCAGGAUGUCAUUAAGACCUUCUACACGACGUACACAUACUUCACCACCAUCUUCGUAGAUGGUGAAACGACAGUGAGCAGCCGCACAGAGGUCUACACCAAUAUCGUAACACCGACAGCACUGUUGGAAGCAACACCAACUCUAAGUGCUGCCCAAGACAUUCGCCCGACCAGUCAGUUGUCGCAGGUGGAGGAAGACGACUUGGACAAUCCUCUGAAGAACCAGCCACUUCUAAAGAACGCUCCCCGUCGUCAGUACCUCUACAGCAGCACCAUAACGCGUGAGCACAGCCAGCCGCGGUCGUCGCUGAAUGAAGUUGACAGUGAGGGCACCACGGCUACACCGGCAAAUGACUUCUUCGAUGACAUUGAGAACAGCAUUAUAGUGCCUGCCAAGAGCAAGCUGGGAGUUGCUGUUGGAACUAAGAACGUGUAUGCCACCAUCACAAGACCACCUGCAAUACUGGCCACCUCAGAGCCGGAGCUCACAUCAUCCGUGGUGGAGACAAUGAUCAGCAGCUCCAGUGGAGAGCGCACAAUCAUCGCCCCUCCAGAACGCCACAAUGCAUUGCCUUUCCUGCCAGCACUGGACGACCAGGUCAGUUCAGAGAGCAAUACCGAAUCUUUAGAGCCGUCUCCAACGCUGCUCCUACAGACUAGCUAUACAACAUAUACCUACUUCACAACCAUAUACAAGGGAACUUCCACGGAUGUGAAGAGCCGUUUGGAGACGGUCACAAAUGUCGUCACUGAGACUCUGACGCCGCAAAGGACUGCUCUGCUCACUGACGACCUUGUCCCCACUGAGGACGAUCCUUCCUUGCCUACGACCUACUUCACCACAUUCACCUAUUGGACGACACUUUUCAAAGAUGGCACUUCCACGGUGACCAGUCGCGAGGAGACUGUAUCUGAGGUAGUAACGCCGACAGUGUCGUCCUCUACAGAGACCAAAGCUGAGAUCGUCCCCACUACUACACCAAAGGACAUCGAUCCUUUAGCUACAUCAGUUGUCGCCGUCAUUAAUCCUAGUGAGGUCAUCUAUGAGCCUACUACGUACUUCACCACUUUCACGUUCCUGACGACGUCGUAUAUUGGCAACAGCACUAUUGUCAACAGCAGGCUGCAGACUGUAACAGAGGUUGUGAACGGUACGGUAGCUGCAGAUGAAGCAGCAGCUGUAUUGGCGGGGAGGGCUGUGGCGACGUCGGCCAAAGCACAAGAACUGGGGGAAGGUGUGCCAACAGUUAAACCAGUGGUAUCAGCAUCAGUUGUGGACACUACUCCGACACCAGCAGCAAAGGAAGCUACAUCAGCCCCAACAAAAGUGGAGCUGCCAACGGGAUUCCUUUCCACUGUUGUCAGUAGCAUAGUUGAUGAGGCCGGAACCACCACACUCUUCUCGACUGAUGUCUCCGGAACCUACAUUGAUGGCCUGUAUGCCCAGAUACUAGAGAGGAAAACUCGUAUCAUACCACCUGCUCCAGUUUCAGUACCAGUGGAGCCUACUCCGACACCAAAACUGCCAGUGGGGGUGGUUUCCCUCAACAAGGGCCGAAUUGUCGAUGCUGAUGGCGUCAGCACUACGUUCUUCACCACAGAAGCCAUUGGCACGUACAUCAAUGGGCAGUACUCACAGAUAGUGGAGAGCACAUCCUCCAUAAAGGUGAAUGAAGAACGUCAAAGUGCUCUACAUCUGGCUCUAGCACCUUCUCCAACAGUGGAGAUUGCUGGCAAGACAUACAGGACAGGGCUGGUGCGACUGAUUGAUGGCACAAUGGCCAAAGAUGGUACGACAACAUUCUACGAGUCCAAAGUCUCAGGUACAUUGGUGGGUGGAAGGUAUGCGCAAGUAAUUGAAAGCACAUCGUCUUUCAAAGUGGAUGUUCCAAGCACAACAGCACCACCUGUAGCUGUAGUUGCUCCGACAGCAGUGAGCGGCGUCCCUGUGGUGGCUCCAACCGCAGCAGUUGUGACAACUACAGCGCCAACACCAGCUGUGGUCGAGAGCUCUCUGGGCAGUGAUGAAACGUCAACGUCGACGACACCACAGACGUCUUCAGAGCAGCAGGAUGACGAUAGCAGUGAGAAUGAGUCAGACAACGAUGGCGCCAAGUUCUUGCUUGGUAAAGGGUCAGGUUCAGGCCGCAACAGGACACGCCUAACAUACCAGUCUAAGAAGAAUACUUUCACACCAUCAAUUCGCCCUUUUGGCACGCAAGGAGCUACGCGACCACCAUAUAGGCCUCAGAACAAGCGACCAGCCACAGUGACACGGACUGUUGUAACUCCAACCAUCACAGCAACGCCUGCAGCCGUGGGUAAGGCUGCCGCCACUGGAAGGUUCUCUGGAAGCCGAAGAGGAGGCUUAGCAUCGUCGUCAGCCGCUAACGAGAUUCGUCCAUCUGCCAGUAGUGGACGCCGUUUCUCUAGACCAAGAGGCUCGUCUCCUGUGCCUGGAGGGCAAUCUUCUGCGUUCCCCACUGGAGGCAGAGGACGGAGCUCUACACGAGCUGGGGCCAUUAGCCCAACAGCAGUUGGAGGCCCUCAAGGAUCGAGUCGCAGAGGAUUAUACUUCAGAGGCUCAAGUGCUGCACCUGGACGCUCAUCUUCAGCUGGAUACUUUGGAAGCUCCUCGAGGUACAGGGGCCGCGUCAAUCCGACCUCGACAAUCUCUCGCGGUGGUGCGACAGCCAACUAUUUCCCAGCGACGACACCUACCGACGAGACUCUAGAGACUGACGACUUUAUCACCACACUCGUCACUGAGGAGACACCACAGUUUACAGACAAUGAUGGCCAGUACGAGACACAACCACUUCCUUCAACGACAGAGUCUGCGCGCCGGAACCCGCUACUGAAUCGCCUGAGGCGCCCUCCACUGGUGAGGGCGAGCACCACCACAACACCCAGAUCGCAGACAUCACUGACAACUCCUUCCAGAGGAAGUUCGACUACACGUAGGACGUCAAAUAGACCAGUAGGCUCCGCAGCAUCCACUACCACCAGUAGGCCGAGGGCACGGUUACCUCUGAGAUACCAGCCAGCUGUCAACAGACCACGCCCAGGAAACAGUUUGUUCCCUCCACGCAGCCUGUUCAAGCGUCCAGGUCAGGAAGAGGAGCCCCAGCAGCAAGAAGAGCAGAACAAUGAGGAUGAGGCGCAAGACGAGCCGCAGGAUGAAGAAGACAUCCAAGAGGAGGAUGUAGAGGAUGAAGACGAGCUGAGAGACAAUGAUUAUGAAGGAAGCGAGCAUAAGGAGUCAAAAAAGGCAGCACCACCACGCAGCAAAGGAGUCCCAUACAAACCAGUGCAGAUCAGACCGUUCAGCUUCAGGAGACGUACGAAGCGCCAGGUGGACAAGCCGAGUGGAGCCACACGGACGUAUUCGUCGAGGUUCAGAAGACCUGGUGCCAGGGUGGCACAGGCACAAGCACCACCCGAAGAACCGGCAACUCCGGAGCCACCUCCACCACCACCUCCACCACAGCAAAAGAGCAAAUCGAGCGGCCGGUACUCGGGCCGAGGACGGACACAGAACCAGCAGCAACAGCAACCGACACCACAGGGGCGGAUCAAGCCUUCGCCGUCAUCUGCCACCUCGGGUAGAGCGCAAUUUACCUUGAGGGAGAAGGACACAAGUAGUGGUACCUCUCGCUAUCGGCGGCCACAGAAUACAGAGACAGCCACCGCCACAAGUGACAGACGGACCAACAAGAGUGGCAGGAGGAGAGGAGGCAACAGCAGGAGUGACGAGACGACUUCGUCCGUCCCUUCGAGGCCGAAACCGCCGAGGCUGCGCACCACCAGCAACUCCAACAGCAAACAGACAGACACCAGCUUCUCGUCUCAACGUGCCACCCGCCGGAACAACGGCAACACGAACACGAGCCCGAGGCGCAACAGUGGCAGCAGCAGGACGCGAUUCAGCAAGGAGCCCGAACUGGACAAGUUCACGUUCUCACUGCCGACCUUCGAUGGCACCAUCACAGUCACUCAUCACAUACCAGAGGAAGCCACCAUACCUGUGAUUAACGGUAAGAAUACUGAAUACCGAAAUGUGCUGACAGCGCGACACAGCACUGAGGUGCUAUCGCCAAACCAGUAUGUCACGUCCACAGUCAAAGACGGUGGCACAAUCUUGUUCUUGACGAGUGAAGUAACGGCAGCAGUGGCCGGAGGAGCUACAGAGAUAACACAGUUCUACUUGCGCGAGACGCCAACGACGAGCGUGAUAUUUACGCCCACCACAAUCCGUGGCCGCCUCACAUCUUACUCGCACAUCAUUCCGAGCACAGUGUACGACGUCGAGUCGACAGUAAGCACCAUACAGCCUGCCAUAGCCGCCAAUGCACCGUUGGCCAAUCUGUUACUCUCACAACUUCUGCUCGGUAAUCUCGGAGGUGGUCUUCCGGGAGGCCUCAACCCUCUUCUGGCCCUGCAGAACCAACCACCGGCACCUCCACCCACUCCUACAACCGAAUUUAAGACGCGCACCAGCACGUACGUCACCACUCUGACCACUGGAAAAUCGACAGUCCUGCCAAUAACUCUGCGAGGCAAGAAAAUUUACACGACUAUUGUGGACCAGUCAGAAGAAGUCAUCACAGCCACUGAAUUCUUUACUGACACAGUGGUGGUGACACCGACACCCACUGCUGUCAACAACCAACUGAACUCACUCCUCCUCCCAGCAUUGCUGCAGGCUCAACUUUUAGGGCCCACAGGACCCAUGCAGAGUCCUCCUCAGCCAAACAUACUGGCGUCUCUGGGACAACCAGAUUUCUUGCCCACUGGAAAAGGACUCCUCUUCCAAGAGCCAGACAAUGCUGAAGUGCCACUCGAGCAGGUGCAGCCUUCCGAGCAACGAGGCAGGAAUUCGAGGCGCCGACAACAGCAGCAGCAGCGACCUGACGACGCUGAUCGUCUAGCGCGAGAAUCAGAGGCAGACGAGACAGUACCAGAUGAUGAUGAUGUCCAACAGCAGGGGUCCCAGGGCCGCGACGACGAGGUAGUCCGCACGUGGAAACCUCCAAGGAAGAAAACGCGGAACGGAAACAAUAACAGACCUCCAGACCCAGCACCUCCAGUGGAGACGAGCGUUGUAACACUGUACGUCUCUGGACGACGACCAGGCGAGUUUAGCACAGUGGUAUCUACGGUAACUGGAGACAGCAGCAUCAGGAAGCGUGAGAUCCGCUUUGUACCAAAGUUGGAGCCAUCGAGGCUGCCACAGAUUGGCAGCUCUUUUGGUAAUGACGACGAAGAGCAAGAUGUCCCAACACACAAGCUAAACUAUUUGGACAACUAUGUCAUGUCGGCGAUGGGAGAUGUUGGUGUACUGGAAAGCAGCGAGGUGGAGACUCAGAGCUUAGAGAGCAUAGUAGGUGACGUUAGCAAAUACGUUUCUAGUGGGCUUACCACAACGAUAUCGAGGAGAUCUGGACACACUACGAGACCUCUAAUGAAUACUAGAAAAGCAGCAGUUGAGGAGUCGUCUUCCUCUGUGAACAACAACAACGCUACCGGUCAUUUUUUAUCCGAAGGCCCCGCUGAGUCUGCCCCACUCAAGCGGAAGGUCGUAGGUGAUUACAUCAGGGGCAAAGACAACAAUGGUGACGACGAAAGCGAAAUCAUUUCAGAAACUGAAAUUGCCGCAGAUGACACUGCAGUAAUGUUUCUACCGUCAGCAUCUCAGUCCGGUCAAAUUCUCUCACGGCACAAGAGGAGUCCGGAUGUGUUUGACGAUGCACAGGACGAGCCGACGACGAGAAGGCCGGGCCACCGAGGUAGGACCAGAGUAGUGCGUCUGCGCCGGCCUCUUAACAGACCGUCAGCUAACGACGAUCUCCAGAACGUCACUCGUAAGAGAGGAGAGGUCCUACACCUGUCAGAGGCACAGCAGACUGACCACGUGACUGAGAUGAACCUCGCGACACCAGCCGUCAAGCACAAGCAUAAGUACAUAAACCUAGGUGAUUACGGCUUGCGGACAAUUAAGAUAAUACGGAAACCUUCGAAUGACAGUGGCACGGAACCGCAGAGGAAGCGAGUUAUUGUAGCGAGGAGAAAGAAACCUGGACGCUCAUUUGAAGACGACGACGAUCCUCCAGUGCAGGGGAGACCAGCCGUAGUAAGAGCUCGUUAUGUGGAAGCACUGAGACAUCUGUCUGAAGAUAAUGAUGAGGAGGAGGAGGAGGAGGAGGUCUCUACACCAGUAGCUCCAGUCCUGGAAGCGACCAUCAGCCGUGACAUAAAGCCGACUAAAUCGUCAGCCAGACGGAGGAUCAUAGUGACGAAAAAGCGUCCAGUGUCCACACGUCAGAAGACAGACUCUCCAGUUACCACCACUGCAGCUGAGUUCGAACGCCCAAAAUCUGCAGUCACUGCAGCGGCAGGACCGACACUGAUGUCAAGCCAGAGGAGGAGGAUCGUUGUCACUCGGAGGAGACCAGUGCUUCACAAGGACACUGAGAUCCCAAUCAGGCCAACUAGUAUUGUGAUUUCGACUCAGGGCACCAAAGCUGUCACGUAUUCGACGUUAUCAAGGGAGAAUAAAGUAACAUCUAGCGAAAACGGCGUUUCUACGAGCAGUUACCCAUCAUCAGACAUUGAAGAAGAUGACGAUUCAGAAGAAGAGAGAGAUGACGAGGAGGAGGAGGACGACCAGGAUGAAGAAGAGGAGGAGGACUACGGCGAAGUGAUUCAGUCAUCCAGAGAGAGGCAACCAUCCAAAGGAAGCAAUGGAAGAGACGUAUCUACGACGCCAAAGAGUGUACCUUCACUGAAACCACAGACUGCACUAUUGCCGAGAGAUUCUUUGAAACCAUAUCAGUAUGGCAGAACUACCACUACUGGUGCCAUCAGCACGUUUGGUGAGCCAACCGACAGACCAACGAGCAUAAUCUCUGCAAAACCGCAGGCAGUGUCGUAUAUACGAGAUAUUUUCAAGUUUAGCCAGUAUGGUAGGACCACUACUGAAAACCUCAUUAACAGGGUAAGUGAGUUUACAACGAAUAUUAACAGCAUCACGUCAACAGAAGGUGAAGAGGAACCUCACGUGAAGACGACUCCGAAUUUCAAUGGACGUUUCUUACCGACGCAGAGUACCAAGGGCACUACGGGGGACAGCUCGAAGGAAUUGUUUGGCUCCAGUGACAGGCCUUCCACAGAGAGGUAUUCGACAUCAAAAACUUCGUCAGAGGAGGAGGAUGAGGCAGAAGAUCAACAGUCCGGUCAAAAUAAAUCAGAAGAGUACGAUGAGGAGGAACAAGAAGAUGUAUCGAAAGAAAAUGAAGGUGAAAGAGAGGGAGAAAGUGUACCAGUCAGUCAAGAGGAAGCCAGUUCUGAAGCACCACCCAGCCUAGAGAGUGUGGAAGAGGUGAAAGCACCAUCGAGCUCAGAGGAGAUUGUGACCAAGCCAUCAGCCAGAGGAUCGACUGUCGAGGAAAGGACGACAGCUCAGAGUCGUGACUCCCUCCUCACCACUGAAGAGUCAGUCCACACCAUCAGUUUCGUGGCGACAUCUCCACUCUCAUCUCCAAUCGACGAGUUAGGUCUCACCACACAGUAUAAUGAGAUCGAUACAGGUUCACCCGUCAACGAUCCAGAUGUCCGUGCCCAUCAGGUUGAGUCUAACGGGUCGACUCCCUCUGAUGUUAGGGAGGAAAUUUUAGGAGUUACAUCAACUGCUCCCCAGACCAGCUCCACAGCAGAGGCCUCAUCUGAGAAACCUCCAGAUCUUGUAGAGGCUAGCACAGAAACUUCGAGUCUACGUCCUGACGAAGGCAGUCAGAAUAUAUCGUCAGAGGAAGAUACAGCUGCAACAACGUCGACGACGACGACAACCACAACGCCGCUGCCUGACGACGUCCUGGUCAGUCCCGAAGGUGAAAGUGAUGGUAACGGUACCAUCACAACAAUAGAGACGCCAACCACCACGGAGAGCAGUACUUUUGACGGACCGCGCUUCAUACGUCCGACACGUUUCAGCAUCACGCGACGCCCAACUAAGACGCGUCUCGGCUUUCCUGGUCAACGUCGCCGGACUUCGACCACUGCUAAAGGUGUGGCGCCGACCGCCACCAAGAGCAGGUCCCAGGAGGGAGCCACUGCACGAACGACCAGACCACCUUCCACAGGCUACCGUUACAGAAAGACAUCACCCACCAAGAGUUCUUUCGGCCGAGCUGCAACUACUAGAGCUAGACCAAGGUUUGGCAUCACUUCUGUUGUCCCAACUAGCACUGCCGAUCUGGAAUUGGAACCUACUAUCCUGGCGGAAGUACUGCAGGGCUCGAGCGAAGUGUCGGAUGGAGACCGAGCUGUGGUUCCAACUGCAGUGACCGAAGUGGGUCCGACAGUUGUCAGCGGAGACUUGGUACGAGAGACCACGGCAGAUGUGCGACCAGAGAUUUCGUCCCAGUUGGACGGGGUGAUCGCACCUACAGAGGUGCUGCCGCGAGGAGAAGAGAUCGCAAAAGAAACACCGGCAACGGUCAGCGCUUCUGGGGCUGAUCAGUUGAACAGUGCUGUGCUGGUGACCUAUGACGGAGGGGCGGAGAUCUUGACGAAGCUGGGUGUCGGAGCCUCUGCUACAGUGGAUCACGGUGAUGCCCACGUGGUGACCGCUACACCACUACUGCCGGUGCAGCCCAUCACCACCGUGGUGACUAGCACGCGGCUUCGCACGUACACGUUCAUCGUGACGCGAGUCGCCGGUACAGAGCAGGUGGUCACCUCCACCACUGAGGUAAAGCCUCACGUCACCACCGUCACCAUCACACUGCCUCCUGCUGAGCUGGCCCCAACGCCGACGCCGCCGCUGCCGCCGCCCACCGCCGCCCUCGCCACCCCCGGCGAGGAGGGACGUGCCAUGGUGGCUGCCGUGGCCGUGGACGAGGGCCGGCGCAUCAACGUGGCGACGCGCGUCAUGAGCAACGGCGUCGAGGUCAUCGUGGCCGGCUCCAAGCCGCCGCCGGGCGCCGCCCCCGCGUCGCCCGCGCCGCCCACCACACUGCCGCCCACCACGCUCUCCGAGCACGUCAUCCUCCGCCUGCCUGAGGACGAUGGCGAGGAAGACGAUGCCGGUCAGCAGGUGGAGCCGACGCUGCCUCCGACGGGCGGCGGGGGCGUGUUCGUCACCAAGACCUACCUCACGACGUACACCUACCUGACGACACUGCUGGGCGAGGGCGGCUCCACUGUCGUGACAAGCAGCGAGCGCGUCGUCAGUAACGUGGCCACCGAGUACGCGCCAGAGCCGCCACUGCCGGGACUCGAACCGGGCCACGGCAUCACACUGCACGGCGUCCAGGAUGCACCGCUCUCCACGGGCCUGCUCUACACCACAUACAGCUACCACCUGCAGGGAGGCGAGGGCAGCUCCUGGAGCUCAGACCGGACGGUGACCAACACGCUGACUGCCGCCACUGAGGCGUUCGUGCCGCAGCCGGCCACCACCAGCACCUACGUCACCACACUCACGCAGCCCACCACGCUACCAGGGGGACAGGUGCUGUCGGCCGGAGACCUGCUGACACGCGUAGUGGUCUCGGAAACGGGCGGACCACCGGGUGUGCCCGCACCGUCACUGCCGACCCAGCCUUCGACGACGGACGUGGUGAAGACGUACCUGGCCACAUAUCUGUACGUGCGAACUGUGGCCGACGAGCGCGGCAGCCCCUCGUUGACGACACAGGUCGUCACCUCCACCGAGGUGGUGACCGACCGCUUCUACCUGCCUGCCACCAAGAGACCGCAGCUGCCCGCCACUGUGACCACCACGGCGACCAAGCAGACAGAGACAUCGACGGCCGUUCCGACCCCAGUCACAGUGGACGAGGCAUCUGUCACGGCAACAGCAAAGCCCGAUCCAGUGGACGUCCCGCUGCCGUUCCUGGUGUUCGCCACCAAGACCUACCUGACCACGUUCACCUACCUGACGACGCUGCUGCAGGCCGCGCCGGGAGACCGCACCUCCACCGUCAUCAACUCGCACACUAAGGUGGUGCAGAACAUUGUGACGGAGACAAUUCCUCCCAGCCUGCUGGGCGCAGACCAGCUAGAGGCCUUGAGGAACUCCCUCCGGGCGACGGCGACAGCGGCUCCGGAGGCCGACGGUCCUGGCGUGGUCGCCACGGCGACCCUGCCGGGAGGUCAGCAGGUGCAGGUCAUGGCCAUGAGCCAGCAGUCACAGACACCUGCCGUGCAGCCCACGAGGACGCUCGAGCCGCAGGUCGUCGCACCCACCACGGCUCCGGACGUUGUGCAGCUGGAGCCCUCUGUAGACACACUUCAGCCGGCUAAUGUCGAGAACAUUGUGACGGGGUCGACAAUCAUCUUCUUCGACGAGGAAGAUGGCAUCGACGGUGACCCCGGGUCGACAUCGACUGCGACACCAGCACUGGACUCAUCCACGGCCGCCGCCCUCAGUGAUUCACGCACCACUGUCGUGAAUGCUGGGGCGGCCACCGUCAUCUUCCCAGACCCGGUGCCUACUGCUGCAGAGCCGGUUGACUCCCCACAGGAAAGCAGCACAGUCACCACUGGCGAUGACGACUACAACGUCGGUGAUGACGAAGACGACCAGGCGCCAACGAGUGAGGCGGGAGCAGUGACCACAUCUGUGGUGACAGUCACCGCAUCACCAGUCACCACCACGGUCUCUGUGCCGGUCACCAAGAAGCCCCAGCAGCCGACCACCAUAGGGCCCGGGGGCAGCGAGAUACAGGUGAGUGACCUGUUGAGCUUGGGCUCACUGGGCAUCAAUGGGCUCAACGCUUUGGGUCCGGUGUUCAACGCGAUGGCCGGUCUCAUCCAAGGCAAUCUGCAGCAGCAACCGGAUGCAGCCAAGAGGCGGAAUGACUCUGCCAUCACCAACAACAGAGCCCCAGACCUAGCGCCAAGUGACCGUGAGGAUUACCUGCACCCCGUAUACCGGCCACAGGCAGACACGGAGCCACCGUCGAGGUCACCCAUCUACAUCCCUGUGGGCGGACUUGCUGCUGCCGACCACGACAUCGAAGCUGCGGAGAGUCAGAACUAUGAGGCACGCAUCAAGGUCAACGCCCUGCCAGGGUCCGGCAAGUGGGGCAAUGCCGCCGAGCCGGUGGGUGCUGUCGUGAUCGGCCGGCCCACUCUGGAGAAGCCGCUGGGAGACGGCAUCCCCAUCAGCCCGGGUGAGGUCAUUACCGCCAACAGUGACGUCAUCGUGGGCAAGCCUGCCGUCAUGGGACCGCGUCCGCCCAAGAUCGCAGCCGCCGGGCACGACCACGACCUCGACCACGAAGUCGACUCUGACCUCGACGCUGUCCCUGUGGGCAUGAGGCCCCCACCACCUCAUCAGAAGCCGUGGCUGCACCACCACAACCACCAUCAACAACCACCCAGGAGGGACGAGUUCCUGGGACCACCACCGCCACCGCCCCCGUCACCUCAAGGCAACCAGGUGGGAGGAGAGAUCCAGGCCCGGCCUCCGGGCUCAGCCAACCACUACCGGAUCCACCACGACAGGCCGCAUCCCAGCCUCAACUACAACCACCACAACAACCUCAACCUUAACUUCAACAAUAACCAGAAGCCUCCAGCACUAAAGUUGCGACCACAUGUCGUAGAAGGCCUGCCCUACAAGUUGGAGUCCGUAGUGACGGGCUCACAGGCUGUGCUGGUGGCAGAGGGUGGCGCCGGUGAGGUGGUUCACGGCUCACCGGUGCCACACCGCCACGCACUGGUGCCGGCUGAGGCUGCCUCACUGCUGGUGGACAUCCGGCCCUCGCAGGUGGCAAACGUGCUCAUCCCCAGGGGCAGCCACACCGCGCACGUCUUCAGCGCACCCGCGCCCUCGCCACUCGUCGCCGACGACGUCUUCCGGGACAACUCGCCCUUCCCCGUCCCGGAGGUAUCUGCGGACUUUGUGGGACUGGACUCAGCACCGCAGCUGGAGCACGGGGUAGGCACCGUCAUUGAAGUCCAUCCUGGGGACUCCCCUGCAGAGACAGGCGGCAUUGUGGCUGGGUCGCCAGGCAGCGACAUCAACGUCGACAUUGCUCCAGGACAGGGCAUCAGCGUGGACGUGGGCCCCGGUGGGUCGACGGUGCACACCAGGCCGGACUCUGCCCCCGGGGGUGGUAAGGAGACACACCGCAUCCAGCCGAGUGGAGUCGUGCUGGAUGCCCCCAGGCCACAGCCGCACCACCACGCUCACCCGGAGUCUCCUCUCAUCCACCCGCCACCGCCACCCCCGCCCCCACCGCCUGCACAGUCAUCGCAGCCGUCUCCCGUCAGGAGGCCACCCGUCACGCUGUACCGUCCCUCCACUGGGACGGGCGGCUCUGUGGCAGGAGGCAGGCCACACCAGUACAGGUUUCCAGCACCGGUACAUCCACUGCGGCCGUCAGACUUCAUGACACCACCCCCACCACCUCCACACCUGCCGUCACGACCACCGGCGCCGCCUCCGACUCCUGGAGGCGUGCACCACGUGCACCAGCACCACCAUCACCACCAGCAAGGCGGGCCACUAGUCAUUCCACUCAGGCCCGAGGCUGGACUGCCCCCGCCUCCGGGGCACGACCAUUUCCUCCACGAACACGAUCACGACCACGACCUCCAUAUCCACGGCAACGACCACGAACUUCACGUUCACGGCCUCGAGCCGGAGCACGACCACACGACGAGGCUGCAACCGGUGAGAACUGGUGGCAGUGGCAUCGUCGUCCGACCCGGCCCCGGGCCCGUCGACGUGUUCGUCAAGCCUGACGGUGAGCUCGUAGCAGCCGAGGAUGACCUAGGUGUUGCCGGUUCCUCCAGACCGCUGCCACGGCCACCGGCACUUUCACCGAAGCCCUCGAGAAGGCCGCCGCCGACAAACCUUUUUGCCAUCUGGCCGGGCAACAGGUACAACAGCAGCAGACCACAGCAGGGAACCUGGCCUCUGCCCCCACAGCAGGUAGCCAGGCCUCCACCCCCACAGCAGGGAGCAUGGCCUCCACCCCCACAGCAGGGAGCCAGGCCUCCACCCCCACAACAGGGAUCCAGGCCUCCGCCCCCACAGCAGGGAGCCAGGCCUCCGCCCCCACAGCAGGGAGCCAGGCCUCCGCCCCCACAGCAGGGAGCCAGGCCUCCGCCCCCACAGCAGGGAGCCAGGCCUCCGCCCCCUCAGCAGGGAGCCAGGCCCCCACCCCCACAGCAGGGAUCCAGGCCUCCGCCCCCACAGCUGGGGGCCAGGCCUCGACCCGGAGACGGUCUGCCUCAGCAGCCACCGCUGCAGCACGGCUUCCACGAGGUGCACCUGGUGCCCGGCAUCAAAGACACACCAACAGUUCCAGGUUUUGUGAGUGGCCAUCCCAAACCACCACUGGACUUCCACGGCCAGCCCCACCGGCAGCGGCCACCGCCCGUGACGGACGCUGACAACAACAUCAUUGUCGGACACGUGCCACACUUCAACGAGCUGCACAGCCCCGUGCCUCCGGAGGACUUGCGGCCACACGUAGUCACUGUGGGUGAGCCUGCAAACGAGGUGGACGAGCCUUCGGGAACCGUGCAUCACCAUGAGCACCAUCAUCACCACACAGCUGGUGAGGUCUCCAGCCCAGACAGUGGCCCGAAUGUCGGUGUCCGUCCAGACGGACAGCCUCCACAGGGUGGAAUACAUUUCCCCAGUGCUGCUGACCAGUUCGAUGUGGGAGAGGAUGCUGCACUGGACGAGAAAAGCGAUCCAGACAGCACUGGAGCAGCGUCUGGCACUGAUGGGAGCCCAGAUCCACCAGCAGAUGGCUCAGAUGGAGAUGAGGGUGAACCGGACGGCAAUCUGCACGGUGGAACCCAGACUGAACGGCCGCUGGUGAUAGUGUCGCCAGAUAACGAACCCGGUUACCAUCACGAUAGCCACACUGGCACCGCGACACUGGAAUCGGACCACCAGGAUGAGAAACUGUCUCGAAAUGAGAUACCUGUACUGGGAGUCGGAGAAGAGAGGCCUUCACAUCCACACGUAGGAAGCUCUGGCUGGCAGAUCGUCGGUUCCCAGGAAGAUAACCCCAAUGCUCACCACGGCAUUGGCAGUGACGGUCCAGAUGGUGAGGUUGUGGUGCCUGGUGUCGGUCCACCAUACCAGGCAGCCGGAUAUCGCCCUCCGGGUUGGCACACCGGAGGAUCGGGCCACCUGGUAGUAUCUGCCGGCGACGAGAGCGGUCCGGGCCGGGACCACCCGUCCGGAGACGAGUCGGACAUCCACUACGGGCGGCCUCACAUCUCCGCCGGUGGGACACUGGAGGGUGCGAGGCCACACUGGCCCGGUGACGCCCUGAGGCCACCGGCCGAGACUCCCGUCGUCGGCAACCGGCAGCCGCCGGGCUUCGAGGGCACCGAAGAGGGAGACUUCGGGCAGGAGGUGCCUCCGUUCAAGGCCAUGGGUGAGGACGUGUCUGCCGUGGUGGACUCGGUUCUGAGACCGCCGUCGCUGAACCUGCCGCCGGCGACCGCAGUUCGCCCCACGCAGCCGCCACCUCCUCCGCCCCCCCCACCCCCGAGGGUGACGGUGCUCACAGACCACCAGCACAACAACAAACCCCACCGGCCACCUGUCAUUGUUCUGGGCCGACCGGCCGAGUUCCCGGGCGAUGUCGUCACCCGUCGACCGACACAGAGGCCGGGAGCAACAGAGGAGGGCAGACCCAGACCCAGUCUGCUGGGAGAUGGGCAGCUGCCGGUGGACAUGAUGGAGGUGGACAAGCCACCCCCACCACCUCACACAGCCAGCUCGGACCUGGAGGCAGCAGCGAGCACCGCACGGCCCUUCAAGCUGAGACCGGCAGACGACUCGGUGGUGGGGCUGGCUCCGCCCCCACCCAGGGUGACCGUGGUGGGUGCUGGGGGCAGACCGCCCCCACAAGAAGGGGAUUCCACACACCGACCAGUCCUCAUCGGAGGUGGCAGGAAGCCACCCCUACAGACACUGCCACCCCCACCGUCCGAGUUCGAGCGUCCGCCACCACCGGCACCGACCACCCCCAGGCGCCCACCCUUCGUGGUGACACCUCCCACCCCUGCCUACAGCCCUGCCCCCACAACCAAACCAAAGCCUUCAAGUACCUCCUCCAGCGAUGAUGCUGACGACAAACUGGAAGAUGAGGAUCAGGAGCUGGCAGAGACAUCCUCUGGAAAUAAACCACCUCCACCUCCACUAUCACCGCUCUCACCCUCAGUGACGUUGGGAGGUACUCCAGAGGUGGUGGAUGUGACAUACAGACCACCCGUCUACACCACACAGCGACCGAGGCCAGUCAGACCUCUGGACACCACCAGGAGGCCGCCAGAUGGGGUCAAUCCCAGUCGUGUGGAGGCGGACAUGCUGGAGACGGUGAGCGUGGGCCGGCCAGUGUCACAGCCGCUGCCACCCCUGCCGCCCCCGCCUCCACCUCCUGAGGCGUCGCCACCUCCAGUGGCCCCAACUCCUGUCAGGGAACCUGUCUCCACCAAGGUGAAAACGCCUCCACCAUCCACGGCUGCGGCGACACCGCCUACGACGCUGGACCGCACGUGGACGACAAUGGCGGUGGACCUGGAGGGGUCGCAGACGCACCUCCCAGACCGACGCCGGCCUGCCGUGACACCUGCCGUCACCUCUUCCUCCACAGACUCCUCUGUCACAACGAGCACCAGCAAAGUUGCAUCUGUGGUGGUGACAUCGGGCUCCAAGACAGUGUUGUUCGUCAAGCCGACAGCUGCCCGGCUGCCGACGACACCGCAGACGACGAAAGCAACUCCGACACUGCGACCCGUGCUGAGACCGAGACCCAGACCCAGACCUACAACUGGGACUGGAGGGCUGUUUGACGACUUCGAUGACAUCGCCGAAGAGGAUGACGAGGAGGAAGUGGAGACGGGCGAGACGGGUGGGUCACGUGGCAAAGUGGACCUGGGUGUGGCCAGCUCCAACCAGGAGAAGGUCGUGCUCGGCUCAUCACCCGCGUCCACCCUCUUUGUCACCCACACGCACACACUCACGGUGACAACUACGGAGACACAGGUGGUGAGCACGGCAGGACGGCCACCAGUGACGCGCACCGUCGUGCUCACCAAGACGCAGACGUCGACGGUUGUGGACACGGUCACCGAGACCCAGACACUGCUCCGGCCGACCAGUGUCUUCGCCACCGUCACCACCACGGUGAGUGCUACGCAGCCCUUCCCAGUGGGAGUGUCCGCCACCAGUGCCGUCUCCACGGUGACGACACCAGUGACCACCGCGGGCUCACCGCCCCCACCGCCGGCGGGGGCCGGGGACAGGCCCGGGGAUUGCACGGAGGGCACGGGAGACACCUUCUUUGUGGUGGUGACCGAUCCGCACCACAAGCUGCCUCCUCCCAGUGGAGCCCCGCUGCCACCUGGCAUCAUUGAGUAUGAGGUGGACAAGGAGGACGAGCAGGGCUCGCGGCAGGAUGCAGACGGUGCGAGCGGCAACGUGCUGCUGACGGCCGGUGUGGGCGGUGGCAGCACUUCGACGUCCUCGUCUUGCCGGCCCGAGUGCAGUGCGGCACGCAACGAGGUGUGCCAGAGGGCUGCAGAUGGCCGCCCACGCUGCCUCUGCCGGCCCGGGUUCGCCAGGAUCUUCCCGGACCGACCCUGCAAGCCAACAUAUACUUACACGCUGCGGCUGGUGCUGGCCCGGCGUGGUGACCGUCCGCUCACCUUCUCGCCCGGCCUGGGAGACACGGGCAGCGACACCUUUGCCGAAACAUCUCGUGCCGCCGCUGAGGGUCUCGACCGGCUGGUCAUGCAGUCCGACCUGCGUGACGUCUUCCACGGUGUCUCCGUGGAAGCCUUCCUGCCACCCGAUGAGAGUGCAGGCGCUGGCAUCAUCGUCACCUUCCAAGUCAGGCUGUCAGACAAUACUGACGAGGAGCGACUGAAGGAGGUGUUCCGCAAGUCACUAAGAGCCACCAACUACAGCCUGGGAGGCACCGACGUCUAUGCUGACAAGGAGCGCAUACAGCACAUUGAGGCAGAGGAUUUCGACGAGUGCACAAGCAGGCAGUACCAUGACUGCUCGGAGAAUGCACACUGCUUCAACCUCCGGGGCACGUACACGUGCAGCUGCCAUGAGGGCUUUGCCGACCUCUCCGAGAACCCGCUGUUCCCAGGCAGGCUCUGUUCAGCUGAGCUGAUUGGUUGUGAGCGGUGUCACUUCCACGGCACGUGCCACGCACGUGGGGACGACCAGGUGCAGUGCGAAUGCUUCCAGUGGUACGCCGGGGACACCUGCCACAUCAACCUCAAGGCACUGCUGAUCGCACUGGUGACGAUCGGCUGUGUGCUGGUGGCACUGCUGCUGGUGUGCAUGCUGAUGACCUGCGCACGUGGGAGCAGUGGGGGCGGACGCGGCCGCGGCCGGGCCCGCCGCGAGGGGCCUCUGGAGCGCCGCGCCAUGAUCCACGACUCGGCCAGCGAGGCCAGUGGGGACCAGACGCUGCCCAGGAGCCAGACCCCAGCAGCGGUGUUCGGUAAGAAGGUGCGUCCGGCACCGGCACCGAUGGCGACGGUGGUGGCGGUAGUGCCCCCGCCCCCUGCCGGCUUCGCUCCGGUGCCCACACCUGUACCACCCCCGCUGCAGCCGCCACCACCCCCGGAGCAGCGUGACCGUUCGCUGACGGUAAUGAUUCCUCGGGCGAAGUACCGUCCGUCACCCAUGGUGCCGCCCCACCAACCACUGCCCACUCUGGUCUCCAUGUCGACAUUCGGUGACGCAGAGAAACGUGCCAUCGCACACGAGAGCAAGCUGCUCGCGUUGCUAGAGGGCGCCUCCAAGCAGGAUGGUCAGCAACAUCACCAUCAUCAGCAGCAGCAUCAUCAGCAUCAACAUCAACACCAGCAGCAGACGUCAAAACAAAAGCCUAGCAACACAUCGAGCCAAGCGACGGAGUCAUCCACUCCGAGGAAGAAUUCGUCUCCGAGGAAACCCUCAACUGGAAACAUUCCACCUCCAGCACCCGGAGCCCUCGUGUCAGCAGGCUUUGAGGUAUCGGCAACAGUCGGCAAGCCUCAGCCGGAUUCCGACACGGAGGCAUCGGCAGUCGUCCACAAUGGCUCCACGCUGAGGACGACAGACAGUGUACAAAUCACCGUCGAAGAGAUGUCGGAGCCGUCGGUAAAAGCAGGGUCUGCUGUGGAAACGCUAAAUUUCUCAUACAGGACCGUGUCUGAAGCUCGAUCCUGUGACGAGACGACGAUACAUCCACCGACGAAGUCACUCCACAGCAAUUACAGCUCAAAACACUCGUCGAACAACCUCAACAAUGAUGAGGGGCACACAAUGGCAGAGAGGGACAUCGGCUCUACUUUUGUGAUGCCACAGUCGCACUUGUACACACCGGACAGGGGAAGUGACAUUUCAAAUUUUGACUCACUGUGAGAGAAGCCUUCAGUGCAACUGCAGAAGAUUGUUACAUCACUUGCACUGCGAGGCUUUUGAGAGUGAAGAUCCGACACUUCCAAACGGAGCCAUUGUGUGUCGACUUGAAAUGAAGGAAAUUGUGAAAAGAAUGUGACUGUUACAGGCUGCAUUUCAGAGACAUAAUAAGUGUGUUAUUGUAUUUAAUAUAGUGAAGGACUGAAUACUGUUAUGUUAACUUGGAGUAACUAAAUGUAUAUCCAUAAUUUGAACAACAUUAUGUUCAAGCUCUCUGUGUGCCCACUGAAGGAGCAGUUUUAUGUAGACAUUUAUUUUAAAUACGUUGUACUGUGCCAUAGUCACAGUAGAUUUCGUAAGACUAAUGUGUCAUCAUGCUUUCAGGACUUCCUUUAAUCUGUCACUGCAUGUUCUUGGGGUAGUUUGCCACCUGCUCAGAAACAAGAUAGCUUCUUAGAUUCCUGAGGUCAUUUUUAUCAAAUGUAGAACACUGCUAGCAUCUACAUAAAAGCCAUAUCAAAAUACACAACAGCAGAAAAACUGGUGAUAGAAUUAUUUUGUGACUGCUAUGCAUAUGACUUAUUUUUUUUAAGGCUCUACACCCAAGGAAUUAAAUGACAACAACGUAACUGUGCAUCACUUGUCUAAUGGGAUGAUUAUAAACUGUCAGAUAUGUUGUGCUCAUCAAAUGUAACUUAGACACUACCAUCUUCAGUGUUUGUAACACACACAAGAUGAACGUAUCUUAAAAAUUUCACUUAAAAAGCAUGUUGCUUCUCAUUUAUGGUUGUGACGUUUAUUUUUACUAUUAUAGUUGACUAUCAGAUUAUGAAAGAGAAGCCUUGUUUCCUGAAUGUAAGGUCUUGAACUGUCACCACAAUAGCAGUACAUAACUUAAUUAUCUUACCCUAUAGCAGUUCUCAGUAUGAUGACAUAUUAGUACGUGCCACAUACUAUUCAUUAUUUCCUUCAAAACAGAGGUGAACACAUGCUUGUAAAUAACUAUAUUAGAUGUUUUAAAUAAUUUAUAUAUUUGUAUAUUUCAAUACAGCUUUUGUUAAAUAAAAGCAGAGCAGCUUCCUGUGUAAAUAUCUUGCUGUUCGUUGUUUUGGGGAGAGUUUGAAAAUGUUGUUUAACUGAUGGAGAAACCUGAAUACUCAUCCUUUUUGUUUUUUGAAUGAACAAUGCAGAGUUAUGUUUGUGAGUAUGUUGAGUGCCAAAUGAGUGAUGUGUGGGUUCCCUAAUUGUUUAUACCUGAAGAAUGAAACACUGCAAUAAUUUUGGAAAAAGAAAGUUGUCAUUAAUGUUUUUGUAAUUAAAAACUAUUUUUUAGUGUUUCAUUCAGAGUGCUGUAAACUUCUAUAAGAGUGAGAUAAAUCACUGUCUUUUUUAUUAUAAAUACAAAAAUAAACUAACUGUAUGUUACAUA